AAUCCGGGGUGGGCGGAGCGGGCUGGGGAGGCUGCAAGGGGAAAAUCGCCUGCGAGCCGGAGGCUGCUCGCUUCAGCGUGGACGUCCUCAAGGGAGGAGCAUCGGCGGCAGCCUCGGGAGAAAGGGAAGCAGAGCACGCUGGCAUUAGCCGAGGGGACACAAAGGGGCCGCGAGCGGCGGAAGGUCGUUUUCUGCAAGGGAGAUGCUGCGGACGCGGCGCGGGUGGUAGAAGGGAGAGAAGCGGCCGGAGGAGAGAGGCUGAGUUUUAUACUAUGGGAUGGGUGAGGAAGAGAACAAAUAUGUGUCCCAGCUGAAGGACGUGUUCAACAGCUGCGAUGCCACAGGCACCGGGUAUUUGGACAAGGAAGAGCUGACUGAGCUAUGCCGCAAGUUACACCUGGAAAGGCAGCUACCCCUACUCCUGGAGAACCUCUUGGGAAAUAAUCUCUUUGCCAGGGUUAACUUUGAAGAGUUUAAGGAAGGCUUUGUGACCAUAUUGUCCUCAAGCAUCAGCCUUGGUCUUUCAGAUGAUGAGAGCAGUUACCUGGAACCAGCUGUUCCGGAUGAAGUCGAGCCUAAAUACAUCCAUGGGGCCAAGUGGUAUGGCCGCCGGACGAGGCCGGAACUGCAGGGCGCAAGUCUGGAAACUCCCAAGUAUUUACAGGAACAGCAAGCAAAGGCAAAUGGGAAAAGUCAGCUGAGACGUUCAGCAUCUUUGGAGAGCGUGGAGAGCCUUAAAUCAGACGAAGAGGCCGAAAGCACAAAAGAACAACAGCAUGAGAUGUUUGAGGGUCAAGGGCGAAGGUGUACCUGGCAUGAUGACCUCUAUGAUAGCCCCAGAAAGGUCUCCCCCUCGUGUUUUGGCAUGACUGAGAAUCAGGUUCGGGUCAUCUGGGAAGAUCUUGGCGUUGGAAAGAAUGGGCACCUUAACAAACAAGAGCUGGCUACCGUUUGUAAGAACAUUGGACUCAAAGAGAUGGACAAAGAGGAUCUUGAAGAUUUGUUUAACCAGUUGGAUAGUGAUGGAGAUGGCAGAGUAAGCUUAAAGGAAUUCCAGCUUGGCCUGUUCAACCACAGCUCCAUUCUUUGCCCUAUUUCUUCCACACCUCUCAAACUAAGAUGUCAGAGAUCACCAUCCCACCAGAUUUUCAAAGACAGAAGCACAACUCCAUCCUUCUUAUCUGGCUCCGUGGCCUUGAAUCUUUUCUCCAGCAUCGAUGACGGCAGUGGCUUUGCAAGGCCUGAGCAAGUUGUCUCCAUCUGGGCCCAGGAAGGGGUUGAAAACUGCAAGGAGAUCCUUAAGAGUCUGGAUUUCAACAUGGAGGAGAGAGUUAACCUCUUGGAGCUGUCUGCAGCCCUUGAUGAGGAGAUAACAGUUCCCAAGAGCGGACUUCAACAGGCAGCUUUUGCUUCUUACAGACACGAACUUCGCCAUCUAGAAGCUCAGGUAGAGCAAAUAUCCAUUGAGAGAGACAAAGCGCGAGUUGAAUUGGAGAAGGUGGAAAAGCGGAAGCUGCAGCUUUUUGAGGAGGUGGAUGAUCACAAUAGUGCAUUGGAGCACCACAAUGAGAGUAAAAUGAAAGACCUUGAGCAAGACUACAGAGGAAAACUCAGUGUUAUGAAGUCUGAAGCGGAGAUGGAGAAGGAGCGGCUCUUGCAACAAGGGAACCACCAGAAAACCAAGCUAGAAGCAGACAUCAGAUCUCUUCAAGAGGAAGAAUCUAGCCUGAGGCAGAAGCUGAGCUUAGUGAUCAAGGAGAAUAGUCGCUUACAAAGUGAACUUGUUGAAGUGGUUCAAAAGUUGUCUGAAUCUGAAAAGCAAGUACUAAAUCUUCAGAAGGAUCUCGACUUCAUGUUGAAAGACAAGCUGGGGCUGCUGGAUCCACACAGCACAGAGCUCUUUGAUCAAGAAGAACGCUUUGCCAAAAUCAUUCAGGAAUAUGAGCUGCAGUGCCGGAGAGUGAAGGAGCUGCGCGACAAGAACGAUGAGCUGCAAAUGGAGGUGGAGAAACUGCGUUCCCAGCUGCACGAAAGCAAGCAUAGUCUAGCCUGGUGUAAAAUGAAGGCCAGCAGACUUGGAGAAAGACUGCUGCCUGAAAAUGUAAAAGCCAGAAUUCUGGACACCAUACAAAAAGAUGAGGAACUCCUUGGACACCAGCACUUUCCGGUCACAGGCCAAAACGGUGUCGUUUUCAUUGAAUCCGGUCCCUAUUCAGUAAGCAUAGAAAUGGAGCUUCUGGUUGAAGAACUGAAGGAACAGCAUCAAGACCUGAAAAUACAGCUGGAAACCAAGGUCAAUUACUACGAAAGAGAAAUUGAGCUGAUGAAAAGGAACUUUGAGAAGGAAAGGAAGGAUGUUGAACAAGGUUUUAAGAUUGAGAUCAGCGAAUUGGAGGAACAGAAGAGCGAUUUGGAAGAGCUGAACGCCAAAUGCCAGGAGGUGAUAGAUGGCUUGAAAGACCAGCUUCAGAAACUAGCUCCCACCCAAGAACUCAAGAGGAGCUUUGAGAAGGAGAGGUCAGAAAUGGAGCAGUACUAUGCCAAAGAGAUUUCCAUUUUGGGACAGAGACUGGCCCAGGAAAGGGACAGACUGGAAGAAGACAUGAAGAUGAAGCAUGAGGCUGAGACACAUUUCAUGAGAAUUGAGCUCCACAGCGUUUCAGAAGACAACCUCAUCCUAAAAAAUAAACUUGGAAGAUUUCAGCAAGAAGUGGAGGAUGUUGGUGAAGCAAACAGAAAGCACAGAAAACAUAUCGAUGAAUUGAUGGUGGAAAAAGAGAAGGUGAUGCGUGGAAUAGAAGAAUUAAAUCAACUGAAUAAACACUACGAGGUGGAAAUCUUCCAGUUAAACACCAGGAUAGAUCAGCUGAGCCAUGAACUCUCUGAACUGAGCAGUGAUAACAAUGUCAGCCGGAACACCGUCAAUUUACUGAAUCGGAGGCUUGUCGAGCUGGAGAGCCAAAGGGACCACGAAGCUGCGGUUGCCAGGCAAUUUCAAGAGACCUCUGCUGAAUUGACAAAGGAGCAUCUUCAGGAGCGGUUGGCAUGGCAGGGAGAGAAGGCCCUGCUGGAGCAGCAGCUGAAGGCCUGGAGGGAAAAGGCCAGCCAGUCUCAGGAGCUGGAGGCUGAACUGGAACGUUUGACACAGGAGUGUCAGAUGCUACGGCUAACAAAAGCACAGCUGAGAGAAGAGGUGGAGGAAUGCCAGGAUCGGCUACUAGAAGCUAACACGAGCUUGAGCCUGGCCAAGUUUCAGCAUUCACGGGAGCUAGAAGAGUUAAAGGGCCAGGCAGGCAAUUCCGUACCUAAGGCCUGCCUUGCAGAGCUAGAAAAGAGAUUGGCAGAAGAACAGAAUGUGGUUAGGCAGCUGCAAGGAGAGCUGGACUCCCAGGCGAAGCAGAUGAGAUGGCAGGCGGCCACAUAUCAGGAAGAGCAUGAGAACUUGCAUAGAUUAAUGGAGGAAAAGGUGGGAGAACUGGAGAUGAAUUUGAAGAACGUGCAAACAAUGCUUCAGGAAAAGGUGGCUGAACUCAAGGAGCAGUUUGAAAAAAAUGCCAAGUCAAAUCUAUUACUGAAAGACCUGUAUGUGGAAAAUGCACAGCUGAUGAAAACUCUGCAGGUUACAGAACAGAGGCAGAAGAACACAGACAACAGAAAUUUAAUACUGGAAGAGAAAAUCUCAUCCUUGAACAAAUUAGUUAGGGAAAUAACUCUGGCAUCUCAAUGAAAUCUGCUUUCCAGUUGUUGGCAUUAAAGCAAAAAUGACAAUCUGUGGUAGAAGCAAUACUCCAUGCAGUGGCCCACUUCACUGUAUACCUGAUCUUGGCCAAAUGAGUAUUAUUUACUUCUCAUGAGACUCAAAAAGGACAUGAUAUUCAAAGGAUCCCUCAUCUCUUUCAUGCGGGGAAACCAUCACAGAAAGCAGCAUAACCAGCAUGAGAAACAUACUCUCAGGGAUAAGUUUGAAGAGGGAGAUGUAGCUCUACUAGUCAGUAGCAAUAAACUACCCCAUCUCAUUUUUUUUUGCAAUGGGGAAGGUAAAGCUUUUAGUGCCUUCUGAUCAUUUUCACAGAAGUCUCUUUGGCUCUCAUUCUGUCUCAGGACUGAAUAUUUAUUGUGAUUGCAAUAUUCUUACCUCCCCGUGCCUCACCCCCACUCUGGUCUGUACACUGGCUUGUCUUGUAUAUAUAUAUAUGUACAGUUUUCUACAAGUAUAAUAUGUACUCCUUUAAAUCAGUGUAUAUCAGAUGUAAACAGAAAAAAACCUGUUCCUUUUUGGUAAAAUUUGACAUGACUUUUUAAAUUAAAUGAUAUUUAUACUG